AUGGUAGAUUAUUGGGAUCCUAGCCAAAAAGGCUCCCACGUGAAAUUUCUUCCACUAGGCCUUGUUCUCAAGAAGGGCCGCGAAAAUACCGAGAAUGAAGCCAAAGCUCUGACAGUGGCGGAACAGUAUAUAUCGAUUAGUACACCGCGAUUAAUCGACUCAGUCAUGGUCAAUAAAACUUCGGGUUUUAUCUUAAUGACCAAAGUUGUUGGACGCAGUCUAAGCAGCAAACUUCAUCGCAUUACAUGGGAAGAACUAGAACAGAUAGUCUCUGGUUUCACUGACCGUCUCCUUCAAGAUGUCAAAGGAGCUAGAGACAAGCCACCACUCUCUUUUUUGUACGAAAAAAAGCAUAAAGUUUACUUUACCAACUCCGACAUACAUAUGACCAAUUUAUUUGUCACUCGCGGGAGGUUAUCAGGUGUUGUUGACUGGGAAAAUGCUGGCUUUAAGCCCGAGUAUUGGGAGUACAUCCGGGCAAUGUGGGCAUAUGGAGCAGAUAAGCAUGCAAAAUGUCUAUAUGGCUCUGCUUUCGGUGAUAAGUACAAGGAAGAGUAUGAAGCAGAACGAUAUAUUUUGCGACGCUGCUCGUGGCUGCUUUGA